AAGGAUGCAGACCUGAGAGACUCCCUCCGUUGCGUUGGAACGUGAGCGAAUCCGCGUGCCUUGCGACCACGACCAUGGGGUUCGGCCGGGACCUGCGCAACUCCCACGAGGGCCUGAUCAAGCUGCAGGACUGGGAGCUCAAGCUGCUGGAGACGGUCAAGCGCUUCAUGACGCUGCGCGUCAAGAGCGACAAGGAGUACGCCUCGCUCCUGCUCAACAUCAGCCAGCAGGUGGACAAGCACGACAACUCCUCGCAGGUGCACUACAUCAGCACCGUCUCUAAGUCUUGGGCUAACAUGGUGCAGCAGACAGAGCAUUUGAGUAAGAUCAUGAAGUCCCACGCCGAGGAGCUCAACUCAGGCCCUCUGCACCGCCUCACCAUGAUGAUCAAGGACAAGCAGCAGGUGAAGAAGAGCUACCAGACCGUCCACCAGCAGAUCGAGUCGGAGCUCUACAAGGUUACAAAAAAUGACUUGGAAAAGUUGAAAGGCACCUACAGACAGUUAACGAAGGAUGCCCACUGUGCCAAAGAGAAGUACAGAGAAGCGGUAGCAAAAGGCAAGGAGCCAGAGAAGGCCCGCGAGCGCUAUGACAAGGCCACCAUGAAGCUGCACAACCUGCACAACCAGUACGUGUUGGCGGUGCGCAGCGCCCAGCUGCACCAGGAGCACUACCACGACACCACGCUACCCCUGCUGCUCGACUCGCUGCAGAAGAUGCAGGAGGAGCUGAUCGUCGCACUGAAGGGGAUUUUGGAGGAGUACAGUGAAAUCACCAGUCUCUUAACGGACGAGAUUGUGAAGGUGCACAAAGAGAUCAACACCUCUAUCGACCAAAUCGACCCCGUGUCAGAGUAUGACCAGUUCAUCGAAGUCCAUAAGAAUCCUGUUACCAAAGAACCCAAUGUAGAGUUUGAUGUGACGUUAUUAGAGGAGACGGAGAAUCUUCAGGCCAACGAGAUUCUCUGGAACAAUCUGACCGCAGACAGUUUACAAGCAGUGCUCAGGUCCACCUCCGAGGAGCUCAUGCUCACCCAGCAGACCCUGCGCAGCAAAGAGGACCUCAUGGUCGAGCUGGAGAGCAAGAUCGAAGAGUCCACCAAAACCUGCGAGAAGAAGUCAGAUGCGGUGCUGCUGCUCAGUCAGAAGCAGUCUCUGGAGGAGCUCCGGCAGACGGUGCAGUUGCUGCGCUGCACCGAGGCCAAGCUCACGGCCCAGAAGGAGAUGCUCGAGCACAAGAUGCAGGAGAGCGAGGGCAAGGAGGCACCGCCCGUCGUCAACUACGAGGAGGACGCCCGCUCCGUCAACUCCAUGGACAAGGGCAAAGACAGGAUAUCAAAGUUUGACACCCUGCGCCACUCCAUAGCGGGCAUUAUUCGCUCCCCGAAGUCUGUGUUGGGCUCCUCUUCUUUCUUUGACGUGAUCCCCACAAGUGAGAAGCCCCUUGGGGAUCAGGAGUGGUACCAUGGCGCCAUCCCCAGGACUGAGGCCCAGGAGCUGCUCAAGCAGCAGGGAGACUUCCUGGUGCGCGAGAGCCACGGCAAGCCCGGCGAGUACGUGCUCUCUGUCUUCUCCGACGGACAGCGGCGGCAUUUCAUCAUCCAGUUUGCCGAUAAUCAAUAUCGGUUUGAAGGCACUGGGUUCCCCACCAUCCCCCAGCUGAUCGAGCACCAUUACACCACCAAGCAGGUCAUCACCAAGAAGUCAGGGGUGGUGCUCCUCAAUCCAGUUGUCAAGGACAAGAAAUGGAUUUUGAACCAUGAGGACGUAAUUCUCGGGGAGCUCCUGGGGAAAGGCAACUUUGGGGAGGUGUUCAAAGGAACGCUCCGAGACAAAACCCCGGUGGCAGUGAAGACCUGUAAAGAAGAUUUGCCACAGGACCUGAAGAUCAAAUUCCUGUCAGAAGCAAGGAUCCUUAAACAGUAUGAUCAUCCAAACAUUGUGAAGUUAAUAGGGGUCUGCACACAAAGACAGCCUAUUUACAUUGUGAUGGAACUCGUGCCAGGUGGGGACUUUUUGUCCUUCUUACGGAAGAAGAAGGAAGACCUGAAGACGAAGCAACUAGUGAAGUUUGCGUUAGACGCUGCUGGAGGCAUGGCAUACCUCGAACUCAAGAACUGCAUCCACAGGGACCUGGCUGCCCGUAACUGCCUGGUGGGGGAGAACAACGUGAUGAAGAUCAGCGACUUCGGGAUGUCCAGGCAAGAGGACGACGGCAUUUACUCAUCGUCCGGCCUCAAACAGAUCCCCAUCAAGUGGACCGCCCCAGAGGCUCUGAAUUACGGGAGAUACAGCUCAGAGAGCGACGUGUGGAGCUACGGGAUCCUUCUGUGGGAGACAUUCAGCCUGGGGGUGUGUCCCUAUCCAGGGAUGACCAAUCAGCAGGCUCGAGAACAAGUCGAAAAAGGCUACAGAAUGUCAUGCCCGCAGAAAUGCCCGGAGGAGGUUUACAAGAUCAUGCAGCGUUGCUGGGAGUACAAGCCCGAGAACCGGCCCAAUUUUGCCGACAUUCAGAAGGAGCUGGCCUCAAUCAAGAAGAAGUAGCCAAGGGGCAUGGGGGUGCGCUGGGGUGGGGAGGGUGGGGUAAGUGGGUAGGUGGUAAGGGGCUAGGAUCCAGCCCAGGUGUGAUACCCAGGUGCUUCCUAUCCAGCAUGUGUAACAUCUAGAAUGUUUCAGCCUCAGCAACACUAUUACUCUUUUGUUUUGUUUUGUUUUUGUUUUGUUUGUUUGUUACAUAAUCACUGUGUGAAAUUUUCCUAUGCAACAGCUGUCUUGAGCCAUUUUCAAGGAGGUCUCUUGUCACAUAUAGCCCUGUUCAUGUCCGGAACUACAGUAUUUUUUAUAAGGUUUUGUAAUUUUAUAAUUUUGUAAGGUCAUUUGCCUUAUUUUUCUUUUUAACCAAGGUCAAUCGCAGGAUGUUUCAUAGAUUAUAGGAUGUUCAUCAAUCCUCAUCUUGUGACGCAUGGGUGUAUAAAAUUCAGGACGACUUUCAGGUUUUCCCCAAGUAGGAUUGCAUCCUCCAGUAUUCCCAGUUUCUUACUGUCAAUUUUCUGACCUCAUAGAAUCCAUCUCCAAUUAGUCUUCAUGAACAUGGAGAAAGUAAGUGCAACAAAGUCUGAUGAAUGUAAGGCAUGUUACUGAUUGUUUUGUGGUUAGGCAUUUUUGUAUUUAAGGCUGUUUUGGGGGGCAAAUGUAUCCUCUGUGUAAGGCGUUUUAAAAAAGGAGAUGGCAUAGAAAAGAUGGAACCUUUUAAUUUUUUUUAAUAUUGCCCUUCAUUGAUUCUUACGCAUUUAUCCUCUGCCACGUGCAACACUGAGCUCAGUGAAUCGAUUUGGCUUUGUGUGGGAAACUUUUAAAUAUCUGAACACUCCAUCACUGAACAGUCUUCUUCAGCACCAAAUGUUCUGAAUGUCCAAUUUACAGCAGCGAAGGUCUCUUAGCUCACAUAAAAUGUGCUAGUAAGACCUUGAAGUCUACUGCAGGGAGACUCGCACUCCCUGUGAUUCAUGUGACUCACAGGCGAGAUAGGAGGAUGUAGAUUGAAAUUAAUCAUGGGGGCCCUUUAGUCCCUUUCAUGGACACCCAGUACUAGCGGUACUUAUGGGUUAAUGUCAUGCUUCAUUUGCAGCAUUUGGUCAUAUUAGCAGACCUCUCAAAUAAAUGGCUGUUCAAAGACCAGAAUGCGAGAACUUUCUUACUUUCAAGUGCUCGCCAGCUACAGUUAGUAAAACAUGGACGGUAUGAUAAUCCAUAGAGGUUAACUGAGCCGACUUUGGCCUGCAUUGGUUGUUUUGUGUGCGUUCACAUGAAGCUACGACUUUCCUUAAAGUUAUCCCACAGUGUCUGUUCCCAGGGGUGUAAGCACUCCAAAGGUGUGAGCUGAGCAAAACUCACAGUAGGUUCUAAGUGCAAUUCUUUUUGUACGAUCUUUACCACGUCAAACUGCAGCUUGGCGCCUUAAACACAAAGCUAGUCACACUUUCAGAUAGUUGUACGUUGCAGGUCUUCAUGUGAAAAUACAAGUAUUUAAGUUUACCUGUUUUUUUUUUUUUUUUUACCCUUUUCUCUUUGAAUUCUAAUCCAAAGUAAAUGUUGAUCAAGCCUCAUUUUCAACCUCCGCCAUUCUCAGUUGAUGUAAACUACAUGAAAUCUCCAUUAAGGUCAUAAGAUUAUGCAGUGUUCUGUGUCCAAAACGCACCGGAUUUGUUUCACCAUAAGAAACUGCUCAGAGUCUAGUGACCAAAGCCACUUCCUUUCUGCAGGGCAGGCUAUAUGUUUUCUAUAUGUUAAUGUACAAGUCCUGUUCCCACCCAGGAUUGUUUGUCCUUGGUGUACAAGACCAAAAUGUAAAACUUUUUAAUUUCAUAUUUUGUGAAAUUUAAGUGUAAACCUGUUGUUUUCGUUCUGUUUGGGAAAUAACAUUUCCAUCACAAGCAUCCUCUUAAUUGACAAGUAUUACAUGACCAUCUGUUAGUGAAUCAUAAAAAUUGCUUUUUUUGUCAAAUAUAUCAUGAUGGGGGUAACGUUCCAAGAACUACCCAGGUGCCAUUUUGUCCUUGUCUUUUAUUAGCCAAACUCUGACGGGCCAUCUGUGCACCCUUCCCAAGUGUGUCUUUCUAAGAGACUUCCUUGAAUUUCCAAGUCACAUAAAUAGCUCCAUUCACAUGAGGUUAGUGGACUGAUUUUUUUUUUCCUCUGUCUCUCUCUCUCUCUCUCCCCAAAGGUUUACUCUAAACUUAACUUCCUCUGUAUUUUGUAAAUACCUUGUAGAUUCUUUACUGUUUUCAAUUGUAUUAGUUGUUCAGUUUUUUUUUUUUUUUUCUAAUACUAAGCAGAAAAGAAUGUUAUAACUUUUUUUUCUAUACAUUUAUACGUAAAACCUGUUGCCUCCAAUAAUGUGCUUCACAAAGAGAAAAGAAAAAACAUUUUCUUUGUUGUAAACUGACAGUAGUGUGAAUAUUUACACGUUUGAUGUAGUAACAGGUGCUCAGAUCAUGGCAUCAGGAAAGUUUUUCCCUGUUGCAUUUGUUUGGUUCAACAACAUGGAUAUCUAUGCAGAGAUAGAGAGUUCCUGUCAGAACUCACAAUUUAUAGUUCCACAACAUUCCUGUAACUACUGUAGAGUGCAGCCAUGAUUUGAUCUAGUUUGUCAAUUUCCACACAAAAAAAACUGAAGAAUUUUUCAAAAACAUUCAAAUUCAGAAUUAGGCUUGACCUUGCAUUAUAACUACUGGGUGAGUCAGCUCAUCUUAACUCAAAAUAGAAUUCUGCCUGUAGGUUUUUUUUUUUUCGUUUUCAUUUUAUUUAUUUGAAAUACUUUAAUGGUAUUCUUAGCCUUUUUAUCAUUGCUUUUGUAUUAUUUGCCAUAACUCCUGCUGUCAGUGUAUAAAAGUAUUUGCCAGUAUUUGUUGUACACCAUAUAGAUUUAAAGGCGUCACAGUGGUUGUAUCUCUCUCUUCGUGUUUCUGUCUGACUGAAAGCAUACAAACAUUGUUGCUUCUUUAGUUUAUAACCCCGAUUCCUUUUAAGACAAAAAUUAUAGCACUGGCCAAAUCUAGGUGCACAGGUCAUGUUAUAGUACAUUUGUGAAUUUCUGAUCUUUCCAGGGCCUGAAUGUCCAAAUAUUGUUUGAACUUCACCAUUCAGUACGAAUCUCUCGUUCUGAAUUAUUCAAAUAUAUACUCCUUGGCAUAUCUUAAGUAUGUGUAUUUCCGAGACUCCUCUUUUCCUCAUUUCUAUUUGAUGCAGAAAUUUAAAAGAUUAAUUUAAAGAGCUGGAAUAUUUAUGUCCACAGUAGAGACCUUAUAUAUUUGAUUGCACUUUUGGCCGAAAACAUAAAACGACACAAAAAUGACAUUCACACAAGUCAAAAUACCGUUAUUCAAUUAACAUUUAAAGCCCAAUUACUUCAAAUCAUUCCUAAAAAAGAGAAUACACUGGACUUAAAAGAAUUGAUGUAUAUUCAAAAAAUAUAAUGAUGCAAUUUUUUGUUCAAAGUGAACCAACCUUGUCAAAUUGGCUCCUAUUUGAAUCAAUCACUUUCUUUCUGAACUAAAAUUGUAUUAAUUUCUGUUUUCGUAACUCUCAACCUUUCCUGUUACAGCUCUGAAAAUGGGCAUGUCUGCCAUGGUGACCAUGUUUGUUCAUGUUUAUAUUGUACACUUGCAAUAAAUGUUUUUCUUGGCUCUUUCAAAA